AUGGAAACAUUUUGAAUACUCUAGAAAUUUCUAUAGAGUGUGCAGUCAACUCAGAGUUUGUAUAAUGUUUGCAGUGUGCAGUCGGUUUUUAACAGUCGAGACGAAUUGAACAAAGCAAUGUCGACAAAGGCUGACGAGUUAAAAUUAGAUAUUGAAGAAUUUAAUAAUCUACUUCGACAAGCAAAUCGCCAAAAAAGCAAAGAUGUUCUUAGUCUUGAAAUUAGGAAAUUGCAAACAGAAUUAACAAAAUUGAUUGAAGAAAAUAAAAUACCUCAAAUAAAUCCAACUAACGUAGUGUCUAACUCUUCUCAAAAGUAUUAUGAAGUUAAACUUAAUAAUUAUGGUUGGGAUCAAACAACUACAACAAUGAAAUUAUAUGUCACACUGAAAGAUGUACAUCAAUUGCCUAAGGAAGCUGUAACUUGCAACUUUACUGAGAAAUCUUUUGAUCUACAUGUUCUUGGAUUAAAUAAUAAAAAUUAUAGCUUAACAAUUAAUAAUUUAUGUGAAGAUAUUGAUUCAGAUAAAAGCAAUGUCAAAAUCAAAGUUGAUAUGGUGAUAAUAUCUCUUGCCAAAAAAGUUCCCAAAUAUUGGUCGCAUGUAACAAGUGUAGAAAAAAGAAUCAAAGAAUCAAAAACAUCUUCAGUUCCAGAUAUGAGUGAAGAUAAUGAUCCUGGUACCAGUUUGAUGAAUUUAAUGAAAAAAAUGUACCAAGAAGGAGAUGAUGAAAUAAAAAAGACAAUAGCCAAAGCGUGGACAGAGACUCAAGAAAAAAAAGCAGCAGGAAUAACAGAUUAUUCUUAAUUACAUGUUUACAAAUGUAAGUUUAUUAUUUUGUAGGUUAUUAUUGUAAAACAUUAAUUUUACAAUGUAAGUUUAUUAUUUCGUGGAUUAUUA